GGACAUCACAAUUGAUGUUCUUGGUAUCUCCGCGAGAGGGGGUUUUUUGAAAGAACCACAAAGCUAUCCACUAUACCUGACAUAUAGUUGAGAAUAUAUUCCGCCAAUUGAACUCCCCUGCAACUUCGAACAUGUCUUCAUCCGAUGAGGACAUUGUCCGUCGCCCUGGUCGUGGCUCAGGUGCUGGUCAACCUGCCAGCCCGUCCGGCAGCGAACAUAGUAACCCUGCCACUGCACGCAAUGGCAGCCCGGUCGGAGCUGACCCUGAUAUCCUUAACGACGAUGACGACGCCGAUCUUUUUGGCUCUGACGGAUCAGAAGGUGGCUUUGGAAACGAUAAUGAUCAACCACAACGUAACCUUGACGAUGAAGAGCUAGAUUCCGGCGAUGAUGAGGAUCGCUAUGAUCGAGCAGUGGACCGUAUGGACUAUGAAGAUGGUGGAGAGGGACAGUACCAGGAAACGGUCAACAUCAUGGACUUAAGCUUGGGUCGGGCGCCCGAACCAGUAACCUCCAAUGGCGAGAUUUACACCAUGCCAAUCCCUAACUUCUUGUCGAUCGAGACCGAAGAGUUUAACCCGGAGACAUAUGUUGCGCCUCCGUAUAGUACUGCAGCUACAUCUCUAUGUUGGCGCCAUGAUCCUAACAAUGGCGCCCUCAUUCAGUCUAACGCACGCAUCAUUCGCUGGGAAGAUGGCUCCAUGACACUACAGCUAGCUUCUGCACCUAAGGAGCAAUACAGGAUAACAACCAAGCCGCUUGCGCCUCUCAACAAAUCUGGUGACUAUGAGACGAAAUUAGAUUCGCACGUGUACCUAGGCGCAGCCGCGGAGACGUCUUCCGUGUUCAGACUGACCUCUCACUUGACCCAUGGGCUUACAGUCCACCCUACGACUGUCGAAACAGAUGAUGCUGUACAGCGUCUCCAAGAAUCGUUGGCCGCGGCUGUUCGCGGCACGAAGAAGACAGUAGAUGGGUCCGCACCUGUAAUUGAAGUGAAGGAGGAUCCUGAACUCGCCAAGCGGCAGGCAGAACUUGCAGAGCGCGAGAAAUUGAAGGCCGCCCGCCGGCGCCAGCAGCUCGCAGAUCGGGAGCUUGAUCGCGGCCGCCGCGUUGGUGUUCACCGCACCGGAGGUGCUGGUCUCACCAUAGGCGGAUUGGAGGACGAUGACGGGUUACUUACCACACGACCCCGCGCAAAGAAAUCUCGUACAUCUAAUCGGCGGGGGGAAAUAUAUACCGAUGACGAGGAAGAUUACGAUCGGCGGGGUCGAACUAGGGAAGAUGAAUAUGACGAAGAUGACGGCUUCCUUGUGGGCAGCGAUGAAGAGCCAGAAGAGGUCGAGGAUGAUGAGGAAGAGGACAUUCUUGAAGAUGAUAACAUGGAUGCUGAAGGCGAGAACGAAGAUGAACUACCAGCCACGAGACCAAGGGAGACAAGAGGCCGUGGAACAGAAGCUGGGUCGGGCGCUGCAGGAACCCCUCCUACUAGAAAAAAGAAUCGUUACAUUGUGGACGAUGAUGAGGAGGAGUAGAGGUCACUGACUACAAGUUUCGUUUAAUGAUAAGUCUUGCUACCUUCUAUGAAUCAGUCCUUGACGACAUCUGUAUCUAUAUGAGAGUGUUUGGAGUAAACCAUAGCGAGUGAAAGAUCACUUACAACUAGC